AUGCAACUAGUAAUAUCUGAUUACAGAGUGAACACAAUAGAGCAAGGACAAAUUUACAAGGAUAAGAACACAGUCAAAUCAGCCCUUAGCUACUAUGCAAUGCUGCAUAACUUCCAGUUCAAAACAAAAAGAUCAGAACCUAGAGAGUACCUAGUUACUUGCGCAGAUGAAACAUGCAACUGGUUGGCGAGAGCAUCUAAGUACAAAAAUCAAGAUUUAUUCAAGGUACGGAAAUGCAAUCCAAAUCACACUUGCUCUGUUGAAAUUGUUUUGGAAGACCAUAGGCAAGCAAAAAGCAUCGUAGUUGGGGAAUUAAUAAAGAAUAAGUACAAGUCAAUCAAAAGAAAUUACACUCCAAAUGACAUCAUGAAUGAUAUGAAUGAUGACUUUGGAGUAACUAUGGGAUACACAAAAGCAUGGAGAUCAAGAGAGAAAGCUUUGCGUCUAGUAAGAGGGAACCCCGAUGAUUCAUAUCAAAAGUUGCCAAUAUAUCUUUACAUGUUGAAGCAAGCAAAUCCAGGAACAAUAACACACCUACUCACAGACAAGGAAGAUAGAUUCAAAUACCUAUACAUAGCUUUCUCUAACUCAAUCAAGGCAUCAACGUUAGAUUCAAACAACAACAUUUUCGUGUUGGCUUUUGGAAUAGCAGACUCUGAAAAUGAUAACUCAUGGCUUUGGUUCUUCUCCAAACUGCGAGAAACCUAUGGAGAACCCGAAGGAUUGGCUAUAGUUUCUGACAGACAUAAGAGCAUAGACAACGCAGUACAUAUGGUGUACCCAAAUGCUUUCCAUGGAGCUUGCAUGUUUCACUUACUCAAUAAUUUGAAAGGCAAGUAUGGGAGCCAUGGAGAAGAACUACAAAUGAAAUUCAUUGCACCAGCAAAAGCAUACACACAGACAGAAUGUGAAAACUACAUGAAAGGCCUUGAUAGAAUUGAUAGACGCAUUAGGCCCUAUUUAGAAAAAGCCAAGUAUGAAACUUGGGCAAGAUCAUACUCGCCAACAAAAAGAUACACCAUGAUGACAUCCAACAUCGCAGAAUCACUCAACGCUGCACUAAAAGCUGCAAGAAAUCUCCCCAUUGAUAUCUUGGUUGAAUGCCUUAGAAGUUUGGUUCAAAAGUGGGUGUGGAACAACUCAAAUAAUCCAAAUGGAACAUUCACAAAAGUCUCUACAGCAACAGAAAAUGAAUUGAGAUAUGACAUUGUUUCAAAAAUGAAGUAUGAGGUCUUGCCUUUCAACACAAUAGAAUACCAAGUUCGUGAUCAAAAGGGGAUAAAUUUCACAGUAAAUAUACAUAAUAGAACAUGCACUUGCAAUAGGUUCCAAGAAGAUGAAAUACCUUGUGGCCAUGCAGUAGCUGUCAUUGCAAAAAGAAACUUGAGUGUGUAUGAUUAUUGUGCAAAAUUCUACAGAACACAAACGUUGAAAGCAUUGUAUCAAGAAAAUGUUCAUCCUUUGCCCCAUAAAGAUGAAUGGAAUCUCCCACAACACUUGGACAUAAUAGUGCUGCCUCCAAAUGCAACAAUCCCUGCAGGAAGACCCAGAAAGAAACGAAUAAGAUCAAGAGGGGAAAAUAAGGUAAUAAUCACAUGUGGGAAAUGUGCACAACCAGGACAUAACAGGAAGACUUGCAGGAAUCCUCCAUUUCAGAAGCCAAAUAAACAGAAAAAGCCAAAGACAUAG